AAAUCUCUUAUAGCUCAGUGUCUUCAAGCUGAGAAAUUACCGGCAAAACUGCCGAAAAUGUUCCCAGUCAUUGGAGCAAUGGAGAAAUCAAUUUUGACCCUCUUUUUUGUCACGCUUCUCGUUUCAUUUUCAAAUGCUCAAUUGUCAUCGAACAAGCUGAUCGGGAUAAACUACGGCCUGCAAGGAACCAACUUACCCUCCGCAUACGAGACCAUCGAAAGGCUGAAAGCCAUGCAAGUCAACCGCGUGAAGAUCUACGACUCAGAUCACGAGAUUCUCAAGCUCUUGUCCGGGACGUCCAUCCGGGUCACCAUCAUGGUCCCGGAUGAUAGCAUCCCGGACAUUGCAGCCAAUCAGUCGGCAGCGAACCUUUGGGUGCACGACAACAUCCUCGCCUUCCUGCCGGAGACAAUGAUACGCGGCGUGCUAGUCGGAAACGAGAUCCUCAGCGACAGCCGUGCCCAGAGCUUGUCGUUCCACGUCGUCCCCGCCAUGCGGAACAUCAAGAAAACAUUGAAUUAUCACAACAUCCACAACAUCAAAGUCGGGACUCCGGUGGCGAUGGACGUCGUCGAGACGACGUUCCCGCCAUCUAGCGGCCGGUUCAGGAGUGAUAUCCCCCGGGAGGAAAUCCUACUCCCUCUGUUGAAUUUCUUGAACCGGACGAGUUCAUAUUUCUUUCUUGAUGUUUACCCUUACUUCUCUUGGUCGGCGAGUCCACACAACGUCAGCCUCGACGCCGCGCUGUUGCGGGAAGGAAACCAGACCGCCGUCGUUGACCCGGUCACCGGUCUGGCUUAUACGAAUCUUCUUGACCAAAUGCUGGAUUCGGUUGCGUUUGCCAUGCAAGAUUUAGGCUUUAACGGCGUCAAGAUUGCGAUCUCCGAAACCGGCUGGCCUAACGCCGGCGAUCUUGAUCAGCCCGGCGCAAACAUCCACAAUGCGGCUGCUUAUAACAGGAAUCUAGUCCGUAAAAUCACGAGCAACCCGCCUCUCGGGACCCCGGCCCGGCCCGGUCAGGCCAUCCCGACUUUUGUCUUCUCGCUAUACGACGAGGACCGGAAGUCUGGGCCGGCAACCGAGCGGCACUGGGGAAUACUUCGGCCGAACGGGAACCCGGUUUAUGAACUGAACUUGACCGGAGCUUUGCCGGAAACCGAGUACCCGCCGCUGCCGCUGCCGGCUAAUAACGAGCCGUAUGAAGGGAACUUGUGGUGCGUGGUGGCGAGCGGUGUCCGGGUGAUUGAGUUGGGACCGGCUAUAGAUUUCGCUUGUGCCGCCGGGAAUGGAACGUGCGAUGAGUUGGCUCCGGGCGGUAACUGCUAUGAGCCGGUUUCCGCCGUGUCUCAUGCAAACUAUGCGUUUAGUUCUUUUUGGGCCAAAUUUAGGAGCCGAGGAGCUAAUUGCCAUUUCGAUGGCCUUGCGGCCAUGACCCCAGUGAAUCCUAGUCAUGGUGCAUGCAAAAUCCCAAGCGUGUGCGUUUAGAGACGAAUUCUAGAGAUGCUCAAGACUUGAGAGGCAGAGAGCUAAGGAUCAUAUGCCGGAAUAAACAUUUUCAUCAUUUAUUUUCAAUAGCUAGUGCAGUUGAGGGUGUUUAUUAACUUUUAUAUUUAUCUAUAAACAUUUUAUUUUUAGAAAUAGAAAAUGAAAAUAAUAAUCCAUCCUUAUCCUUUUUGGUUCUACUUUUAUUGAAUUUCAAUUAUUGAAAUUGAAGCAUGGUUCUAGCUUUUUAUGUUUGAAAAAGAAAAUUACAGUGUUGUGCCUCUCUA